ACCUCAUCAUUACAGUUACAGGUACACCUUGCGCUCAAUCUUGUAAAGCAUACUAUUAGCGAUGGAGUACUCGCCGAAGUUAGCACUGCUCUUCGCUCUGUCGUCGGUGAUGGCGGCCGCCGUCGUCACGGCCCAAAACUCCCCGCAGGACUUCGUGGACCUCCACAACGCGGCGCGCGCCGAGGUGGGCGUCGGGCCGGUGUCCUGGAACGACACCGUGGCGGCGUGGGCGCAGGACCACGCGGAGACUCACCGCAGCGACUGCGAGCUUAAGCAUUCUCAGGAAGACGAGCCGUACGGAGAGAACAUCUACGGGGGAGCCGGCGGCGGGGCUAGCUGGUCGGCGGCAGACGCCGUGAAUGCGUGGGUGUCGGAGAAGGCAGGCUACGACUACGGCACCAACACCUGCUCGAUCGACGCCUGCGGGCACUACACGCAGGUGGUGUGGCGCAACUCGACGGCCAUCGGCUGCGCCCGCGUUGUCUGCGACAGCGGCGACGGCUUGUUCAUCAUCUGCAACUACUACCCACCGGGCAACUACCCUGGGGAGAGCCCCUACUAGCGCUACGUACCUACGACAAGUACAAAGGGCUGAGCGCCUGAGCCCGUAUGGCCUAUAUAUCGGGCCAUGCAUAUGCGUAUAUAUAGCUAUGCAUAAAUAAAAAUUGGGCUGCAUGUGAUCACAGUUUCACAGUUGUGAUAAGAAUAUAAGAUACGCCAUAGUUUCACCGGCUAUGGUAUUGUCAUAUUAUUAUGUUUCAUGUAUAAGACUAUGAUGUUGUAUUGUAUUAUUGUGCUAAUAAAUGAAAAUAUACGGUUCCAUUGUGUUAA